AUGAUCUCAUCUCGCUUACACUCCCUGAAUUUAACCUCCGCCUUGCCACCGUCCACGCCCAAGAUGCGAAACGACUCGGAUGCUGGUAACAGAAUCAGCCGAGUGAUUGCCGCCGACUGGACAAGGCUGCAGGCCCCUUGGCCGAGCCCUCACGUAGCUGGUGACAAUCUCAUCGCCUCUCACGUUUUUGUAGAUGGAGUCGAGAAAGAACCAGUGAGGGGUCAGACAAGAGUCACUGGCCCUUGGGCGCGUGUUGAACAUGUAAAAGGGGGGCUUUGGGUUUCUUUUGGCCCACGGCCUGAAAGUCUCGAUGGGAAUCUGAAGGUAGCUCCGUGGGAAGAGGUUCUCGUAGAUUUGGGCGGAGUAGCCCCAGGAGAUUGA